CGCCCCGCCCUCCCAUCCUGAGCGUGACGUCAAGGGGGCAGCGACGCAGAGUGGAACGCGGAGUCCACGUUUCCUAGGAAACGGAGCCGGGGGUGGAGAGGAGCCUUCCUCCGCUCUUGCGUCAUCACGCUGAGGCGCUUCCUCUUCCGACGAGAGGCGGGGCUCGAGCGCCCGCGGGAAACCCGGGCCCGCUGCCUCCGCUAGGUGCAGCUGUGGGAAUGGCAGGUUCGGGGAGGCUGGUCUUACGGCCCUGGAUUCGAAAGCUGAUUCUAGGGUCAGAGACACUCUCCAGUCCACGAGCCGGGCAGCUGCUCGAGGUACUAAAGGAGGCGGAGGCAGCUGCCGCGGGCCCAUCCCACGCUCCUGAUGGAUCCGACGUCGGGGCCACGCUGCUUGUGUCUGACGGAACCCACAGUGUCCGAUGCCUGGUGACACGGGAGGCCCUGGACACCUCGGACUGGGAGGAGAAGGAGUUCGGCUUCCGCGGGACAGAGGGGCGGCUGCUGCUGCUGCAGGACUGCGGGGUCCGUGUCCAGGUCGCUGAGGGUAGCGCGACCGCAGAGUUCUAUCUCCAGGUGGACCGCUUCAGCCUGCUGCCCACGGAGCAGCCCCGGCUACGGGUUCCUGGUUGCAACCAAGACUUAGAUGUUCAGAAAAAGCUCUAUGACUACCUUGAGGAGCACCUUUCGGAGUCCACCUCGUCCAAUACAGGCCUAUCACUGUCCCAGCUUCUGGAUGAAAUGAGGGAGGACCAGGAGCAUCAGGGGGCGCUCGUGUGCCUGGCUGAGAGUUGCCUAAAGCUGGAGGGCCCUUGCACAGCACCCGCUCUCACCCACUGGGCUGCCUCACGCUGCAGGGCCACGGGAGAAGCUGUGUACACUGUCCCAAGCUCACUGCUGUGCAUCUCUGAGAAUGACCAGCUAAUUCUGAGCUCUCUAGGACCGUGUCAGAGGACACAGGGCCCCGAGCUGACCCCAACAGACCCGGCUCUGCAGGACCUAUCCCUGACCCUCAUCUCCUCUCCACCUUCCUCACCCAGUUCCUCAGGAACCCCAGCCUUACCCGGCCACAUGUCAUCCCAGGAAAGUGGUGUGAGCGUCAGCCUUCUGCCUGCCCUGUCUUUGGCUGCUCCAGACCUAGGGCAGAGGAGCAGCUCCCAGCCCCCACCAGCUAUCUGUUCAGCCCCUGCCCCCAUGACCCCCAGCUCCCCACUCCAGAGCUGUACUCCCAGUCUCUCGCCCCGUGGCUUUGUCCCCAGUCCACACCAGGCUCUUGGGACGAGGUCCCAGAAACCUAGCCUGGAGUUAAAGGAGCUAGGGUGGCCCUGCAAGAAUCGGCGGCCUUUUCCCAGGACCGGAACUACCAAGGGAGCCCAGGAGUCCUGCCCUGUCUGGACACCAUACCCCUUUCAGGAACCCCCAAAGAGGCAUCAUGAUGGUUCUGCCUUCCAAUAUCAGUACGAGCCACCCUGCAUGUCCCUCUGUGCUCAGGUCCAAGCUGCCAGGCUUCCUCCCCAGCUCGUGGCCUGGGCCUUGCACUUUCUGAUGGAGCCACAGCCACAGCCAGAGUCUGAGGCAACUCCGAUGUGAGAAGUCACACAGGAUACUGGAGGAUGUGUACACACAGGACAAAUACUGCUCCACACCUUGCUUCCUUUGAGUUUUUUAAUAAAAUAAUCUCAUGCGGCAGGAGAGGAGAGGA